CACAUGACUAGUGUUUCUAUAUUUAGAUAAAGUAACGGAUAUUGUGUGGAUUUGGGAAACGGAUGUUUGUAAAGUAGUAAUAAAAAGAAUUACCCAAUCUAAAGUUAGGUAUAAAUAUGUUCAAGAAAAAAGAUAAAACACCCAAAUCCCCGUAUCCUAAACAAGAAUAUGUUGCUGUCCCUGGUCAACCAUCAGGUUUCCAUCAGCAACCAGGAACAUAUCCUAUGGAUCCUAAUUCCUACCCACAACCUGUAGCACCGUAUCCUUAUGCACCUGGUACCAUGGUGACACAACAACAGUCAACUCAAGUUUAUGGACAACCAGCACCAUGUUUUCAGCCAAGUGCACCACCCAAGGAUGGUUAUGGUGAACCUCCUCCACCCUAUUCACCCUACCCCCAACAAAACCAUUAUCCUCAACAAAACCCUUACCCUCAAUAUCCCAACUACCUUCAGCAGCAAGGCUAUCAUCAAGCAUCCUAUCCCACACAGGCACCAUAUCCUACUCAACCUAUGCCACAGACGGUUAUAGUGCCAGGAGGUUUUGAUGCUUGUGCCAGAUUUAAUGCGGGGGCGUCACUCAGUAUUCCACCUCCACCACCAGGGGUGGCACCAAAUGCGGCCCAGAUGGCUGCAUCUCAAGGUCACAAUGUCUUCGCUACCCAGAAAUCAAGUAAUUGGGUAACAGGAGGACAAGGGGGUGGACCCAUAUUUUGAUUCACAGAAAGAAAACGGGAUAGAAUCAAUUUUGUUGUUUUAAAAAAAAAAGGCCAAAUUUGUUGUGUAUUUUGGCUAAGUUGUAUAAUAUUUAUUUAUUUACAUCAAAUAUUUUUACAGUGUAUAAAGUUAAGAUUGAGAUAUUAUUCAAAUGAGUAUAAAAUAUUAUUUUUUGGUCUGGUCUGCUUACUACUUUGUCUAACUGAAUAUCUAUUCAGUUAUAUCACGCUUUGUGCUGUUUUCAUUUAGUCAUCAAAAGAAUUGCCCAUUAAGGGUAUGUUUGAUUUCUAUCAGUUUCCUCAAAUAUAUUGUUUUAAGAAGUCUAUGUCAGAAUUUAUACUUGCCUGUAAAAUUGAUGAUAUAUUGUUUUUGAAUGUUUAACAUUAUGAUCGGGUCCACUUCAUAUAUUUGCUAAUUUGGCAUUGUUAAAAAGUCUGUUUCCUACUGAAUUGGAACUUUCAUUCCAAUUACUUCAUAAUUUUAUCAAAACUCGACUUGGCAUGAAAUUACUGUGAUACAGGACAAUAUGUUUCACUAUGAAUAUUUUAUUAACAAAGCUACUAUAAGCCCAGCUUAUUAGUUUAAAUUAUAUUGUAAACAGGAAGUGAUGUAGUAAUCUAGAAAGUUAAUUUCUAUUCUUUACCUACUGUAUGCCUCUAUUUUACUUAUCCCAUGUUGUACCCAUGACAUAGUUGACGAUUCAGAUAGUAGAAUCAACAAAGCUUUUUAUAAUGUGUGGAUUUGUAACACAUAUGUGGAAUGAUUCUUUUUUUCUUUUCAUUUUAACCCUCUAUAAACAAUCGGCUAGGGGUGAGAUGAUGGUGAAAUGUUGUCCUUUAAAAUGUAACAGAAACAGUAAAACUAACAUAAUGCAGUUGAAAGAAAUUAUAUAAUUAUUUCUACAGUAGUUUAGUUGAUAAUAACAAAAUUAUUGUCUAUAUCAUUUAAGUUAUAUUUUUUAUGAAUGAAAUCAAAUUUACUAUAAAUUUACUAAUGGUUGUGUCACAUCAAUUGCCUUCAAACUUUUUUAUCCAUUAUGUGUCACAUGGAGGGCAAUAUUUAAAUUAACUCCCUUAUUGUUGAAUCUUAUUUUUUAUGAAGUAAAUUUAAGUGUUAUGUGCCUUGGCUUCAUCUAUUCAGUCCUUCAUGUUUAUAAAAUUGUGCGGGAGCCAUAAAAAGCUCCUGAUACCUUGAAUAUAUGCAGUUUAAAAGUAAACAAAAACUGAAAGUAGUUUAUUAAUCUCAAUGUUUAGAAGAGCGAUUUAGCUAAUUUGCAGGAGUCUUUAAUGACUCCUUUGAAGGAAAGUCAACGUGCGUCGAGAGGAGCAGGAGCGAAAGCUCCCCUUAAACGUGAAGGACUGUCUAUUCCAUGUAGGAAGAGCCAAAAGUAACUGUCUUUAUUUAGAUUUAGUGUAUAAAUUUAAACUAUAAUUUGUAUCUAUUUUUAUGAUAACUUUUACCUAUUGUUAUUGGCACUUGUGUUUUUUAACAUGAUAAAUUUCAGCUUUAUAAACUUAUGUAUAUUUGUGUAAUUUACAGAACAUUAUUAACUCUCUUUUACUGUAUCGUCAUCUGGUGUCCUUUGAUAAACUAACUGCUGGUUUUAAGGUAUGAUGGAUUGUGUCUUGCUCAUUAUAGAAGAUCUAUAAGUUAUUGCCUUUAAAGUUUGUGCCUAUAUAACAUUUGUUGUGGUUUAUAAGACUUAUGUAUAUUUAAUUAUGUUGAUGUAUAUUUUUAUAUGCCCACAUGGCACAUUAAACAUCACUCUGUCCAACUUUCCUUAUGUACAUUCUACACAGUACAGUUAUUGUCAGAUUUCUUUUCAAAUUCAUAGUGGUUAUUCAUAUGGUUUUAAAGAAGAACCCUAUGGAAAUUUAAAAUAUUCUAUUAUUUCCCCAUUUAUCAGUUUCAAGCUAAAUGGGGAAAUAACCAUAUUAAGUUUCAAAAUUUUUACCAAUUUAUAUGGCAUUUAAUAUGGUGACUUUUGAGACUUGUAACAGAAUUUUUUAAACCCUGGUGAAAUUGCUCAUUGGAGCUAAGUAAGAACUAUAAUAAUUUUUUAAAUUUUAGGACAGGCCUACAGGUAGUAAACUUCAAAUGCAUGUUAUUUUUUGGUUUACAAUUUUACUUUUAAGAGUUAGUGCAGAGUUCAGAAUAGCUGCAUUAGGUUUGUUAACAAUGAUUUUAGAGUUAACAUGGACAACAUUGCUGCUGUCACUGUUUUAUUGAAUAAGCUUAGUAAUUAUUUCAGCUAAUUAUAUAUUUAUUUAUUUUUGUGCAUUAUAAAUGUUUUGUAUAGUUGUUAUGAUUAUAGUACACAUAUAAUUAUUUAAUAUUAUAAGGUCGUUUAUAUUAAUGGAUUAUUUAUCUUAAUAUAUUUUAUAAAUUCUCUUGAGAGGUCUGUUGAGAACUAGAGUUGAUAUUGUCAUUGAAAUCAUCAGUCAGUAGUCAAUACUAAUUAACUGGAACGUGCUUGGGAGCGUCUCAACAUCUCAAGUACCCUAGUUCUGGGCAGCCUGUGUAUAUAUUUUUUUUUUUACUUUUUACAAUCUUACAUCUAUUAAUCAAAUAACUUUGUUUAUAUACAACUGUUUGAACAACGGGUUAUUCUAUAAAUUAACUGUCAUAGACGUUAAAUGAUUACAAUCAAAUUAACAGUAUUUUAAACAGGGGCCGUGAGUGUCAAGUUUUCUUUUAAAUCAAAUAGUGCAUUCAGUAUAUAUUCUGUGAUUAAUUUAUAAACAUAUUUUUUUUUAAUUUUAUUUUGUAAACUCAGAGAGAUCAAAGUUAUACUCCCAAGUUAAUUGAACAGUAUUUAUAUGUGCUGUAUCUAGCUUAAAUGUGUGCUCACCCUUAGUGGAAGUGGACGUAAAACUCCAGGAACGAACGAACAAAGCUUAAAGGAGCUAAAUCGCUAAUAUUUGGGACCUAGAAAUUGACCCAAAUGGGUCGCAACGCAUAUAAUAAUGUAAUCUGAUUGUAUAAACUGAUUUACAUUCAAUUGUUUCCGUUGACUAAUUUCAAAUCAGUUAUGUCCAGCAAAAUACAGCACGAGUCUCAACCGAAUAGCAAAUUUCUAGCGCCUGGUUAUUCCAAUCUAUUGCGCAUGCUCUCCAGAUAAGAUAUUGCGUCACCCUUUGACAUGAGGUGUGGAAUAUGUCUAGCCUCGUUCUUUCUGGUCAGUUGUUACAAAUGACGCUGAAACACACUAUGGUAGGCCUACACGAUUCGUGUACCAAUGGUAAAAUGUUUACUUUGUCUUAAAUAUUGGAUAUCAGAAGCCUACCUUUUCCUGGUAAGAUCACAACAUCAAUGUUGAUUUGAAUUGACAAAUAAUUCGUAUUUUCAACGUGUAAGUUGGAUGAUAUUGAGUUAGAGACUUAUAGCUACUUUAACGGGUUUAAUUUAUUUAUCAGAUGCUGUUAAUUUAUAUUCUUAAUCUAUAUUUAAAGCAAGGAUCUCUAUCUGGAUAAGUGUGUAUUACUGUUAUAUAAUAAAUCUAUAAUCA